UUUAGUUUUCAGUCUAGCUAUUUUCCAACACUGUUUUCCAGGUAUUUUCACACCUCACAAGCAAGGUCACACUGUGACUCGAGUGAUUUAGCAUUUUUCGGCACAAAAGAAAAUUGUAAAUUGAAACGGUGCAAUUGUUGAACAUACUUUCGACUGGAAACAACGCAGCUGGAAAAUGAGUCUUACGUCCGCCGCGGGGAUAAUUUCCCUACUCGAUGAGCCGAUGCCGGAUCUCAAGGUAUUCGCCCUCAAAAAACUGGACAACAUCGUGGAUGAGUUCUGGCCGGAGAUCUCGGAGUCCAUCGAGAAGAUCGAGAUGCUGCACGAGGACCGCAGCUUCCCCGAAAACAAGCUGGCUGGCAUGGUGGCCUCCAAGGUGUUCUAUCACCUGGGAUCCUUCGAGGACGCCUUAACGUACGCCCUGGGCGCAGGCGAUCUCUUCGACGUGAAUGCCCGGAAUGAGUACACGGAGACCAUCAUUGCCAAGUGCAUUGACUUCUACAUUGCCCAAAGGGUGGAGUUCAUUGAGAAUCCCAAGGAGGCGAGUACCGUGGACGAGCGACUGGAGGGAAUUGUGAACAGGAUGAUCCAGCGCUGCCUGGACGACAACCAGUUCCGCCAGGCGCUGGGCAUAGCCCUGGAGACACGUCGCAUGGACACCUUCAAGGACGCCAUCAUGAAGUCGGACGAUGUGCGUGGCAUGCUGGCAUACGCCUACAACGUGACCAUGUCCCUGAUCCAGAACCGCGGCUUCCGCAACGAGGUGCUCCGCUGCCUGGUGAGUCUGUACCGGGAUCUUGGUGUUCCCGACUACGUGAACAUGUGCCAGUGCCUCAUCUUCCUGGAGGAUCCGUACGCCGUGGCCGAGAUGCUGGACACCCUCACACGCUCUUCUGUGGAGACCAACAAUCUGAUGGCCUACCAGAUUGCCUUUGACCUGUACGAGUCGGCCACGCAGGAGUUUCUGGGCAAUGUGCUGCAGCACCUGAAAAAUACCGCACCCAUUCCAACCGCCCUGCCCAGCACAUUCAAGCCCCAGGGCACAAGCUCCGAGGAUGGAGCCAAGUCCGAGGGAGACAAGUCCAAGUCUGACGAAGAUAUCACAGAGGAAAAGCCAGCUGAUGACAAGGUGGAGCGCACAAUCGAUUCGCUCAACGAGGUGGAGAAGCUUCAUCAGAAGAACAUUGAGAAGCUUAUAUCGAUCCUCUCCGGCGAGGUUUCCAUCGACCUGCAGCUUCAGUUCCUCAUCCGCAGCAACCACGCUGACUUGCAGGUUCUGCGAGGCACAAAGGAAGCGGUUCGAGUGUCCAUCUGCCACACAGCCACUGUUAUCGCCAACGCCUUCAUGCACAGCGGCACCACCUCCGACCAGUUCCUGCGCGACAAUCUCGACUGGCUGGCCAGGGCAACGAAUUGGGCCAAGCUGACGGCAACCGCCUCGCUUGGAGUCAUCCAUCGGGGCCAUGAGAAGGACUCGCUUGCGCUCAUGCAGAGCUAUCUGCCAAAGGAGGCGGGUCCGAGUUCAGGUUAUUCCGAGGGUGGUGCCCUGUAUGCGUUGGGCUUGAUCCACGCAAAUCACGGAGCUAACAUUAUAGACUACCUGCUGCAACAGCUGAAGGAUGCCCAGAACGAGAAUGUGCGUCAUGGUGGCUGCCUGGGACUGGGUCUCGCUGGCAUGGGAACCCAUCGCCAGGAUCUGUACGAGCAGCUCAAGUUCAAUCUUUACCAGGAUGACGCGGUCACUGGUGAGGCGGCGGGAAUCGCCAUGGGCAUGGUCAUGCUGGGCUCCAAGAACGCUCAGGCCAUCGAGGACAUGGUGUCGUAUGCGCAGGAGACGCAGCACGAGAAGAUCUUACGCGGCCUGGCCGUGGGCAUCUCCCUCACAAUGUUCUCGCGUUUGGAGGAGGCCGAUCCCUUGGUAACCAGCCUGUCCACCGAUAAGGACCCCGUUCUGCGUCGCUCGGGAAUGUACACCAUAGCUAUGGCAUACAAUGGAACUGGUAGCAACAAGGCCAUCCGCAAGCUUCUCCAUGUUGCCGUCUCCGAUGUGAAUGACGAUGUGCGACGCGCUGCGGUCACUGCCAUCGGUUUCAUCCUGUUCCGCACUCCGGAACAGUGUCCCUCGGUGGUGAGUCUCCUGGCCGAGUCCUACAACCCGCACGUUCGUUACGGAGCUGCAAUGGCUCUUGGUAUCGCCUGUGCCGGCACAGGACUGCGCGAAGCCAUCGCCCUGCUGGAACCAAUGGUGAAGUUCGAUCCCGUCAAUUUUGUGCGCCAGGGUGCAUUGAUUGCCUCGGCCAUGAUCCUGAUUCAGCACACGGACCAGAGCUGUCCCAAGUCCACCUUCUUCCGCCAGCUGUACGCGGAGGUUAUUAGCAACAAACACGAAGAUGUGAUGGCCAAGUAUGGCGCUAUUCUGGCUCAGGGCAUUAUUGAUGCUGGUGGCAGGAACGCCACGCUGUCCCUGCAAUCCCGCACUGGACACACCAACCUGCAGGCGGUGGUCGGCAUGUUGGCCUUCACCCAGUACUGGUACUGGUUCCCCUUGGCCCACACCCUGUCGCUUGCCUUCACACCCACUUGCGUGAUUGGCCUGAACUCCGACCUGAAGAUGCCCAAGAUGGAGUACAAGUCGGCGGCCAAGCCCUCGCUGUAUGCCUAUCCCGCCCCACUGGAGGAGAAGAAGAGCGAGGAGCGCGAGAAGGUGGCCACCGCUGUUCUGUCCAUUGCCGCCCGGCAGAAGAGGCGAGAGAAUGCGGACAAAAAGGAGGACGAGAAGAUGGAUGUGGACGAGGACAGCAAGGAGGGCGCUGCGGUCAAGAAGGACGAGGAAGCCAAGACCGAGGAGAAGCCAGCGACGGAGGAGAAGCCCAAAAAGAAGGAAGAGAAAGAAAAGAAAAAGGAGGAGGAAAAAGAAAAGGACAAGGAGGUGGCUGGCACCAGCAGCGAAAAGGAAAAGGAAAAAGAGAAAGAAAAAGAAAAGAAGGAAAAGAAGGAGCCCGAGCCCACCUCCGAAAUCUUACAGAAUCCCGCCCGCGUGCUCCGCCAGCAACUGAAGGUCCUUAGCAUUAUUGAUGGGCAAUCGUAUGAGCCCCUGAAAGAUGUCACAAUUGGUGGAAUCAUUGUGUUCCAGCACAAUGGCAAAGCCGAGGACCAGGAGCUCGUGGAGCCAGUUGCCGCCUUUGGCCCCAUGAACGACGAGGAGAAGGAGCCGGAGCCCCCAGAGCCCUUCGAGUACAUCGAGGACUAAAUGGGCAUGCUGUUUGUCAUUAUCUAAGUAAACCCUGUUCGAUUUUCAACCUUGCAUACUUUUCACGAGAGGUACUAAUCAGCAAAAAAACACGAAAUGCUAAUCCGUAAUUAUUAAACAAUAAAAUGUUCAUCGUACAAGAUGUAAA